AUGUCUUCAUCAAAUAUGAUAAAUACAAUAGCCGAUGAAAUAAAACGUGUACUUCAUCAUUUGAUUAAAUAUUCAAUCAAGUGGAAGCAACCAAUAAAUUUUAGUAAAACAUGUUGGAUUCUUUUUAAUCGUCAAGUUGUUCCUCAAGUUCCAAAUAUUAUAUACAAUGGUUAUAAUAUUGAGCACGUUAACAAAUUCAAAUAUUUGGGCACUAUAUUAAAUGCUAAAUUGUCUUUUACUGCACAUUUAGACUACAUCAAAACGAAAAUUCGUACCAGCAUGAACAUAUUCAAACGAUUAAAUUCAAGCCGCAUGAUGAGUGAACAAGUAAACUAUCGGCUGUACAAUGCAUUUCUUAGACCAUAUCUUCAAUCAAUACUCAACAUCUAUCAUAUUCUCACACCAUCAAAACAGAAACAACUAGAAGGUUUAAAUCGAAAAAUAUUCAGAGCAAUACAUCAAUAG